CUCACUGACGUCACACACACUCCGCCACAUUCAUACUCCACCCGCAGCAGCCAUGAUGCAAGAAGGGCUGGACGAUGGUCCCGAUUUCCUCUCGGAAGAAGACAGAGGACCCAGGGCAGUGAAUGUGGAUCUUCAAACCGACGCCACACUACAGGUGGACAUCUCAGACGCUCUGAGUGAGAGAGACAAGGUCAAGUUCACCGUCCACACAAAGAGCACUCUACCUAAUUUCAAGCAGAAUGAAUUUUCUGUGGUCAGACAGCAUGAAGAAUUCAUCUGGCUCCAUGACUCGUUUGUGGAAAACGAAGAAUACGCUGGUUAUAUUAUUCCGCCUGCUCCUCCGAGACCGGAUUUCGACGCGUCACGGGAGAAACUUCAGAAGCUCGGUGAAGGUGAAGGAUCGAUGACCAAGGAGGAGUUCACUAAGAUGAAACAGGAACUAGAGGCUGAGUAUCUGGCCAUCUUCAAGAAGACCGUGGCAAUGCACGAGGUCUUUCUGUGCCGUGUUGCUGCCCAUCCCGUCCUGCGCAAAGACAUGAACUUUCAUGUGUUUUUAGAGUACAACCAAGAUCUGAGUGUACGAGGGAAAAACAAGAAGGAAAGGCUGGAGGAUUUCUUCAAGAACGUGGUGAAGUCUGCAGAUGGGGUUCUUGUGGCAGGAGUGAAGGACGUUGAUGAUUUCUUUGAACACGAGAAGACAUUCCUAUUAGAGUACCACAACCGUGUCAAAGACGCAUCCGCCAAAUCUGAUCGAAUGAUCAGGUCUCACAAAAGUAAGUUUCUCUUUUCAUCACACAUUUAUAGAUGCUUGCGGCUCACAUGACCAUGCAGAGUCAAG